AUGUAUAAAGCUUUAAAGGAGCGCCUGAUUGAGCAAUUUGCAGAUUCAGAGACUCACCGGCUUAAAUUGCUUCUACAAGAGCUGCAACUUGGGGACGAUCGUCCGACUCAACUCCUGUGCAAGAUGCGAGACCUCUCUUCUAAGGUACCAGAAGACCUUCUGAAAAAUUUAUGGUUACAACGCUUGCCCACAGCUGUACAGCAAAUCCUAGCUGUCAGCACCGGUGAUUUAGAUGCUCUUGCAAAGAUGGCAGACAAGGUCUUGGAAGUUACUGACUCGUCAUUCAUCCACUUGGUCGAAGGCCCGAAUAGCGGAUGCAAGGACUGCCACACACUUCGAAGGCAAAUCGAAGAGCUCUCUAAAUCGGUCAAAGAUCUCCAGGAUACCAGAACAAAAUGGAGAAGACAAUCCCGAAGUCCAGCUAGUGGAAGAUUUUCGAGAAGCCAUUCUAGUUCACGAAGAUUCGACCCCAGUGCUGGAAUUUGUUGGUUUCAUCAUAAAUUUGGAAGCACGGCCAGAAAUUGCAAAAAACCUUGCAAUUACAAUCAGGAAAACUAG